AUGCCUGUAUUCCUACAGCGUAUACACCAGACGCGACCAGUAUCACCAGUAGCUGCCCCGGCUCCCCGUGGAAUCACCUCUCCUCCCCUACCCAUCUACCUUCCCCCUCCAGCCCUACCAAAUGUCGAAGAGGAUCUCAUCCCUCCAGAGAACUUUGCCAUUGUCGCCCCUGGAGUCUACAGGAGUGGAUUCCCCAUGCGGAAAAACUUCCCCUUCAUGGAAACCCUCAGGCUCAAGACUAUCCUGACGCUGGUGUUGGAGGAGUAUCCUGAAGCAAACUUGAAAUGGUGCCAGGAUCAAGAUAUCCAAUUCAUGCAAUUCGGCAUCCCCGGCAAUAAGGAGCCCUUCGACAACAUACCCGAGGAGGUUAUCUGCGCCGCCCUGGUUCAAAUCCUGGAUAAGCGAAAUCACCCGCUACUUAUUCAUUGCAACAAGGGAAAACAUCGCACGGGCUGUCUCGUUGGUUGCAUCAGGAGAAUACAAUCCUGGUCAUUGACAUCAAUAUUCGACGAGUACCGCCGUUUCUCCAAUCCCAAAUCUCGCGCGGUCGAUCAACAAUUCAUCGACCUCUUCCAGCUGUCCAAGGUCUGGGAACAAGUCUUAUCUACAGAAGGAGGCGGUCUAGACAAUCUUCCCAAAUGGAGAAUGCUACAUGCAUGA